GGCACAUGAAAAAUUCCUUGAUACGACUGAGCUGAGAAAUUCAUCCGAUGAUGACUGUAGAUCUUCGUCGAUCUUAGACCACUACUAAGUAUAUAAUAGCUGCGUCACGCCUGGCAAUAUCUACAAUACAACACAGUCUUUCACAAACACAUCCAAUCACUUCAAAUCACAACCAGACAAUCAAUCCAACAUGAAGCUCUCUUCGCUCCUUACAUUCACCACAAUUGCCAUCGCCGGCACAGACGCAUGGAGCUUUACAGUCUGGACCGGAAAAGACCAGCACGGAAAGAAACGCCACUACCACAGCAGUGUCGGAGAUAACGACUGCUAUAAUUUCGACAAAGCCAUCACUUCAAAGGGCGUUGGUUCUUUUGAGUUCUGCAGCUUUAUUUGGACCCGUUGCUCUGUCUCAAUCCAUAGCGACAUUGGCUGUCGGGGCAAGAAACUUGGGUCCGCGACAGCCGCUGACAAAGGCGACUUAUGGCCCACAAAGUGGUCAAAGAAUACCAGUAAAGAAGCGAAGAAGAUGAAGAGUUUCAGGAUUCAGGGUUGCAAGGAUAUUCCUGUCACGGGAGGCAACUUGGAUAUCGCCAGCUGUAAAUAAAAGGCUGUGGGAAACAGGGUGGUUGCUCCUUUUGUAAUUAGCUGCUUCCCUGCGGGUUAUGUUUAUAGGAAGCUUGGGCACCUAGC